GCUGUUUGACAAGCUACAUGUCACUUAGCAUAGCUAGAGAGAGAAAGCACUGCAGCAGAAGUGGACACAGAGGACGCUGAGGCAUUGGUUUUACAACCUGCCAGCGUUGGUCCCCUUGAUCAUGAGUGACACCUUACACACCUUUUCAGACAUGAAAGGUCUGGCAGGAGCUUGGUGACAGCUGCAUCCUCUGCCCAAAUAACAACUGAGCCCCAAUACUGUGCCUUUUCCUAAAGCAACUCCUGAAACAGUUUGUCAGAAUAAUUAUGAUUGUUUUCCAGUGCAAAUCAGUUGGUCUCCCAAAGAGUUGUAAUUUGCUUGUGAAGGAUAUUUACACUUGAAAAACUCAAACAGGAAACAAGAAGCAUUACUCCAGGUAGCAAAUGACAGGAUUUUAAGACUACACAGGCAGCAUAAUUAUUAUAAUUAUUUUGGCCCUUAAUUACAAUGUCUGGAGACAUGGACAAUGAUUGUAGCUGAUUAGGAAACUUAGUUUCUCUGAUAUAUUUUAAAAACAAUUUGGCUGUGUAAAGCUAUACUCUUAAUAAGUAAAAAAAAAUAGUUUGGGCUAUUUUUUGGGACCAUAUAACUUCCAGACUGAAGACACACGCAGGCCUGACUUGCCAGUGAGGUGUGAAGAUCUCAUGUGAUCCCUCUCAUUCCUUCAUUAGACAAAUCACAUCAAACUGAUAAUUGUCUCAUGCAGACUUUAAAGAGUAAUUUCCCUCAAAGGCAAUCUAAUUAUUUUUCUUUUUAUCACAUUAUGCGUCUAUUUAGCCUUAUUCACACCCCAGUGAUAAAUAACGACGGGGAAGGUCGCAUUUUGGCACUUGAGAUUUUCUUUGAACUUUUUUCGCCUCAGCUGUGAACCCAUAAACCUCCGGAGAUCUGCUUCUAUAUAAAAACGCUUUGGCAAAAUGACCUUCACAGAAUCUCACCCUUAAUGUCAUCCUCGCUGCGUGGACGGCAAGAAGCCUCGGGAUAUUUCUAACAUGAACCUGGAGGUUGUGACAGCUAAAAUACUGUCUGACUGGAAGAUCCAUGACAGUACGUUUGGAGAGGAUCUGGAUUCCCUUCAGUCCUCGUCCCCGGAGCCCUCGGUGGACUCCAUGUGCUCUUCACCGGAGAUGUGCUACCCCAGCGGGCAUCAGGAUAUCAAUGAUUUAUCUUUCGGCUUCAAUGAACGCAGGGCGACUCCAGCAGAGCAGAGGCUGAGCAAGCCCAAGAUGUCCACCAAAAGACGCAUGAAGGCCAGCGAGAGGGAGAAGAUGCGGAUGAGGAGUCUUGCAGAGGCUCUUCACCAGCUCCGUGACUACCUGCCGCCGGACUACAGCAAGAGAGGCCAACCUCUGACCAAGAUACAAACCCUCAAAUACACAAUUGAAUACAUCAACAAACUUUCAGACAUCCUCAGCCGCGCGUAACGGACGCACAUGGACCACUUUUACGCAUCAGGUUUACUCUCAUCUGGACAUUUGAUGGAGUUAGCUAUAUAUCUCUGAUGAAUGCUACAUCUUUAAGAUAACUUAAUCAUUCGAUAUCAUUUCAUGUUUUUCCUUCUCUGUUUUUUGCCCUUCUCUUGAUGUAAAUAUUUUAGCGGGCACUUGGCAAUUAUUUUUGUAUAUGAAGAUGCCUGUGUUUGAAUUAUGAAUUCAGUAUCUGGAAAGAGAGUUUGCCGUUUGUUGAUUUGUAGCCUAUAUGUUUCGCUCACUGUAUCCUGAUGGGUGUGAAAUACAGCUUUACUAAAGAGGAAUCUCUCCAAUAUUCCUAUGUUUGUGUUAACAGAGAAUUUAGAAAAACUUUGUCAUCCUUGUUUUUCAUCUCUCAUACUUUGUGUGCUGGUGGGCUAUAUUUUAGAACUUAAG